GAUUAAUCGAUUUCAGGUUGCCAUCCCUACAACACGUAGUUCAGUUUCUCCAGAAAUGUAUUUUUUAUCUAUGAUUCAGUUAGCUGCGAUUAUUUACUUAAUUUAGGUGACAGUGACACGGUUUCAAAAUUUCGAACAUCAAAGAACCGGCAAAUUACCAAAGUUAUUAAUAAUGUUAGUUUUAAGUGUACUGAUAGCUUUUUACGUGUUUAGUGAUUUUUUUUAUAUUACGAACGCAAUACCGAAGAAUGAGCAUGAAAUAAAACUGUUUCAAACUAGUUACAAUUUUGAUGUUGAUGUGACGGUUUUAUUAAAUGAUGUUAACCGAACAGAUAAAGAGAUAGGAUACAAGAUAAAGGCGACCCUUGGGGUCACGCCUGUGUGGAAGAGUGAUGACUCCGAGUUCCUUUUAAAAUUUGAUUUACGCAAUCCAAAACUACAUUUAAGAGGAAAGCAUCCAACAGCUGAGUUCCUACCGCGCCCUUCACCCUUAGACUCGUACUCAGAGGCACCAUUUUACGCAUUAUGGAACAAAGGAACAGUCGAAACUUUAUAUUUAGAUCCAAAGGAAAUGAAAGAUGUAUACAAUUUGAAGAAAGCGCUGGCUAGUCUUUUCCAGUUUCACAUAAUAGACGGAGAAUACAAGGAGACUGACAUAUCAGGCGAAUGUGACGUCAUUUACGAAAGCAUUUCGGAAAAUGUGUUCAGGAAAAUGAAGAGACGGUGCUCGUGGGAGUCGGCGCAGGUGGGGUGCGCGCGCGUGGCCCGCUACACGCUGCGGCCGGCGCGGGACGGACUCCUGGCCGUGUACUCCGAGGAGCUGCUGACCGUGGGCGACCACUACGGACUCAAGUUCAGGUCCUUCGUGUCCCUGAAGGCCAAAGAAGAUUCCGAAGCCGCGAAACCUUCGACUGAAGAAUUGGACGUGGCGUUGCACGGUCUGCCGGCGAAUUUAAAACCUAUGGGCUUACCGAUGGUUUUAAGUGCCGACGACGAAAAGGAAUACCAGACGCUGACGGAAGCAAUUGACGCGAACCUAGCGGCUCUACAAGUGGAGGAGGCGGGGGCGGGCGGCACCAGCGAGGCGGCCGACGCCACGUUAAACUUACUGCCGGCGGUGAGGGCUGCUACGUUCGAAGAGUUGCGGUCGGUGCUGGAAAAUGAAGAGAAUCAUCAACUGCUGUCGGGGCUGUGCCGGCUGGUGGGGGCGGGCGGCACGGCGGCGGGGCUGCGCGCGGUGGACGCGCUGCUGCAGCUGCGCUCGGACGACCCCGUGCUGCACCUGGCGCACAUCUACCUGCAGGGGUUCGCGCUGUCCGACGCGCCGCAGGUGGAUGCAGUGCGAGAGAUUCUGAAGAUAGGUGAGAACGGUAAAACUCGCUCCGUGGCCGAGAGCGCGCUGCUGGCCGCCGCUGCAGCAGCACAGACCCUCGCCGCCGCCGGGGACCAGGGGCUGGCCGUCGCCGUCAAGGACUCGCUCAGUAAAGGACUUGCUAAAUGUAAGGACGACGACUGCAGGACAGUGCGAGUGCAGGCCCUCGCGAACCUGCGGCGCCCCGACACCGCCGAGCUGCUGCUGCAGCACGCCGAGAGGAAGGAGUCCCCCGUGUCGCUCCGCGUGGUCGCGCUGGAGGGGCUGGGCGCCGUGCCGCUGCCGCACGACAAGCUGCACCGCCUCACGCACGUGGCGCUGGACGACGCCGCGCCCCUCGAGGUGCGCGCGGCGGCGCUGGACCUGGUGGUGCUGCGCCACGUGCACGUGCCCCUUCCGCUGGCCCGGGUCGCCUCGAAGCUGCACUUCAGGUCGCCGCCCGAGCUGCGCCGUAUCUUCUGGCAGCGGUUCAGAGCCCUGGCCGAGGUGCACGACUCCAUGAGGGACCUGUACGCGCGCAUGGGCAUCAGCUUCAAGUCCUGGGACGCGCAGGCGCUCAACGGCACGUCGUCGGUGCUGGUGCGGAACCCGGGGUGGGAGGCGGCGGGCUGGUCCAGUAAGCUGGAGUCGGUGCAGCUGGCGCAGGGCGGGCUGCUGCGGCGGGGCGUGGUGCGGCUGCUGGGCUCGCGGGGCGGAGCGCCCGACGCGGAGGCGCUGGCCGUGGAAGUGUGGACCCGGGGCCUGGAGGCGCUGGCCGGCGGGGGCGACCAGGAGCCCGAGGGGGCGAGCCGCGGGGCGGAGGAGGCGGGCAUGGCGGGGGGGAUGGCGCUGCGGGUCGGGGGGGUCCGGAUGAGGGGAGUCACGUUGUUCGACGGACAGGCGGCGCUGCUGGCGCACGUGUGGGCGGGCACGGCGGCGGCGCCCACGCCCGUGGCCCGCGCGCUGCUGCCUCUGGUCUCCUUGCACGCCCGCCUGCCGCUGAGCGCCGGGCUGGUGCUGAGUGUGCGACACGACGCGUUGCUGGCGCUGUCCGUGGACGCCAGCGUGCAGGUGUCGCUGUGGUGGCGCACGGCCCGCGCCGAGCUGGGGCUGCGCGCCGCCGCCGCCGCGCGGGUGCUCGCGGGGGGCGCGGCGCUGGGGGGCGCGCUGCGGGCGCGGGUGCGCGGGGGGGCGGCGCCGGCGGCCACCAUCUCCUCGGACCUGGACUUCUACUCCGACGUGGCGCUGUGCGUGCGGACCAACAUCCACCCUUAUGAAAUCAGACGCAACGUGACCCUAGACAGCUCGCAGGGCGCCAGGGGGCUGCGCGUACGGCGCUCCCGGGACAGCUCGCUGCGGCUGGCGGGCCGCACGCUGUCCCUGGGCCGCCCCAACGACCGCACGUGCGGCGCGCUGCGUGCGGCCGACGCCGAGUCCUCCUAGCGCGAGGCCCACACACUGUACACCCCUACGAGUGCCUUAUACCUUUGAUAAUAUUUCGUCGUGGACUGUACAUACACGAGUUCAAAUGUUAUUAGUUAAGAUGGAAUAUUUUUAUUAUUACAGUUACAUAUUAUAUACAAAAAUAUUUUCUAUUGAAUCUCUGUUAUGAAUUUAUACCAAAAAAAUAAAAAGUGCAUUUAAUAUAUUUAUUAUUGAUCUGAUCAUGAAAAUUUCAACUAUUUUUUUAUUACUAUACAAUAUAUUUUACUAAUGUACAAGAAUAAAUGGUAUUUACAAUGAUGAAA